ACGGGGGCGCGAGGCCAGAGGGCCGGUCGAAACAAAAGGGCAGGUGCGGAAUUCCUUGCGCGCAACCGCCCGCUGCCGCGCGGGCGCAGCAGCGCAAGCGCCGCCACCCGACGCGCCUCCCUCCCGGAUUCCCCUCCUUCCCCGACGCGACCGCCCCAAAUCCAGCCCCUCCGCCUCCCCGCGCCGGCUCGCUCCCUCAAAUACGCUCCUGCCCGCUGUCUCUGCCUCGUCUCUUGGCGGGCCAGGAUGAUGGGCGGCGGCGGCACCCGCGGGCGGCGGAGGUGGACGCAGCGGUCGUGCCGGGCGGGAGGAGCGGGCGGGGUCGUCACGCGGACGGUGGCGGCGCCGGAGGAUCGCGGCGCGAGCGCGGCUACGCGGCGGAGCGCUGCAGGGUUUGCUCAUGUGGACAAGCAGCAGCGUCUCUACGGACUAUCAUCACAAGAUUCCACAAGUAGCAGUAGAUCUACAAUAAUAGAAGAUUUUCUUCAUUCGGAUUUAUGUGAAUAUAAGCGUAAGAGGUCCAGCGGCAAUGCUACAAAAUGCCUUCCUAACCACCAUUCUCUGUCAUCCAUGAUGUCAGAAUCAAGGAAUCAUAGUGCAGCAACUGAAAUGCCGGCAGCUUCUGAAAAACCUUCCUUUUCAUGGCCAACAGAGAAGCAAGUCCCCGACAAUAAAAAACUUUUUCCUGCCACCAGUACUGUGUCGGAUAAUGGGUCGCCCUACCGUCCUAAAUUUCAUCUUGACAGAGGUAGGAACAAUGCAAAGCAGACUCCAACACCCAAAGAAUCCAGUGGCAUGUGCAGUUUCAGUUAUCAAUUAGCUAGAGGUGCUGGAAGAUCUGAUUCUAUGAAGAUGGGCCCUACAAGUGCAAAGUGCUCCCUUGCAGAGACAAUGUCGAUGUUACGUCAACGGCGGUUUGGUCGCAGUUACCAGAAUCAAAACCGCAUCGGUGCAUUAAAUCGGAGGCAUAAGAACACACAAUCUGGAGGAGCAAUCAACAUGGUAAAGAAAGAGGAGACUUAUAAUCAGUCUGAUUUGUCAACAGGAAGACACUGGCAAACUUUGUUGGAUAAUGCAUUAGUUCGAGGGAGGUUACAGCCACUCAAUGAGGAAUCACCUGAACAACUGUGGAGCUGUACAAACAGUGAAUCUGAUAAGGCGAUAUGCUUUUCCUCCGGUGGCAGCAUUGAUGGUUUGCAAGUAUCUUUUUCAAGUGACACUAGUGACACAAGUGAUAACUCCAAUUUAUCUUCUCUGGGUACAGUGUCAAAUGAUCAGUGGAGGAUGUCCUUCAAGAAGGUACACUGUCCACUUGCUGCACGGAUAAAUUAUAUCCCCCGAGCUUCCUGCAAGGAGAUUGAGCAGGCAAGCCCUGUAUCUGUUCUUGAAUAUCCAGCUGGGGAUUUUUCUGAUGCUGAAAACAUCAAGCAGGAUACAACAGAUCCUGAUGCUCCCCAGCUAAGGCAUGAGCUUCCAUCAGAAGAAAAUAUUACCGAGGUAGCAGUGGAUGCUGCAAUUAAUAAUUACUUGUGCUCUGAGAUGGAGGCUACUGAAACUGAUGAAACCAUACAGCUGGUUGAAGACACCCCUUGUGAAUUUGAGGACGAAGAGGAAAGAGAGUUCUGCUACUUGCUGGACAUUCUAAUUGCUUCUGGUAUUCAUGGCGUUGAGGAGGAUCAGCUGUACAAGGUGUGCCAGUCCCUUGAUUGCCCUGCAGGCUAUGACGUGUUUGACAAGCUUGAGAAGAAAUACAAAAAAGUGGCUCAAUGGUCAAGGGCAGACAGGAAGCUCACCUUCGACAUGGUAAACUCCAUACUGUCGGAAAUUCUUGCCCCAUGUUUGGACAUGCACCCUUGGGCAACUACCGCGAGGAAUAUGGCGCCAGCGUGGGGCUCAGAGGGCCUGUUGGAGAAAUUGUUGCAGGUCUUGACUCGGCGGCGAGAAGAACUUGCGCCAAGAGUGCAUAAGAAGGAGAAACAAGUGUUAAAUCAGAAAUGGCCAGAUUUGGCAGAUUACAUCGAGAGGGCAGGUAGGGAUGUUGAGAGGAUGAUAAAGGAUGAUCUUCUGGAAGAGCUGGUUCUGGAGUUGAUGUCCAGCUAGUUGCAAAGCUACUGCUGGAGUUGGUGUCAGCUUUCUUAGGCCCAAGGAGGUUACAAAGUUGCUGUAGGAGUGUAGGUCAUUGCUUUCUGUGUUAGGCCAGGUUGAUCAUCGGUUGUACGGACUAUUUGUUUCUUUGGUCCUUAAGGUCAGAGUUCCCCCAA